AUGGUCGCCACCGCUCCGCGGGAAAAGACCCAGUUACCUAUCACGGUCAUCGCCAUGCCAGGGGCCUUCGACGACUUGCUGUCCAGCAAUAACUACGUCGUCGUCGACUUCCACACCCCACGCCGUAGGGUCACCUUCGCUAAACUGAACGUCAAUGAGGUGCCCGAGGUGGCCGGCCGAUAUCGCGUGGCCAGCCUGCCGAUCUUCACCCUGAUUAGGGACUAA